AUGUCCUUCUCAUUUAGUCAAGUCAAUGGUAGUGGAUUUCAAUCUUCUUCAUCCAGUAAUACAACAAGGAAGGGAAAUUACAAUAAUAAUCAACAGUCUAAAUCUUCACUACAAGGCUCUUCUUCUUCUUCUUCUUCUUCUAAUAAUUCUAAUAGAUUUAGAGCAGAAAAACCAGUAAAUAAUAAGAAUGGUGGAAGUAAAUCAUCAACAAGUGCAUCUUCUUCUUCGGAAGGAGGUAUUGAAGCUUAUAACAAACAAGCCUUGAAAGAAUUGGUUGAAAUUUUGGAUGAAACACCAGAUAUGGGAUUUGUAGAUACUCACGUCCAUUUCGAAUAUAUUUUACAGAGAGUGUUUAAUGCACAAUUAGGUGAAAUUUCAUCAAGUGAAAAGAAAUUAAUUAACGCCUUAACUUUUGAUACCACAGAUAAGGAACUUUCUGAGAGAAUAUUAUCAAGAAUGAAUGGGUUUGUUUGUGUUCAAUGUGAUCCAACUUCAUUCUCUAGUUUGGGAAUGUGGAGAGAUUUAAUAGAAAUGAAGAAUUUGAAUAUUGGUGUCACAUUUGGUUUGCAUCCACACAAUGCUUCUUAUUAUGAUGAAAAGAUGCAAGAUAGAAUUAAUCAAUGUAUUUCAGAAGCAGGAAACAAAUGUGUUGCCUAUGGUGAAUGUGGUUUGGAUUAUCACUACAAUAAUUCACCAAAAGAAGUACAAAUGGCUUGCUUUGCAAAACAAUUACAAAAUGCAGUGGCUCUUUCUCUUCCAGUUGUAGUACAUGCUAGAGAGGCAGAAGAUGAUGCCUUGCAAAUUAUGAAGGAUAAUCUCCCUAAAGAUUGGAAGAUUCACGUCCACUGUUUCACAGAUAGAUUGGAAUUUGCUCAAAAACUUAUUUCACAUUUCCCUAACUUGUAUAUUGGAUUUACUGGUGUUGUGACAUAUGCUCCAAGAGGAAACUCUACUAAUCAGGAACAAGAUUUGUCAGAGGGUAAUGUAACUCCCUUAGCGUUGGCUGUUCUCAAUGCUCCAAAAACACUCAGAGCAUCACUUGCUGUUUUACAAAUACCACAAUGA